AUUCAAAAAUUGUUUCUUUCCUGGUCCUGUAAUCUGGGUUGCUCUUCCUCUUCCAAGAUUGAUCGAGUUGAGUCACUAAGAGCGUGGAGAUUGAUUGCUUUGAGUGGGGAAAAUAAAAGGAAAAUUUUAGUUACUCGAUGUCAACCCUACAAUGUAAUCGAUUAUGCUUUCAUCUGAAACUGGCAAUAUUGUGGAUGUUCUUUUCUGGUGCUGUCUUUUGCAUACAUGUCUUCGCAUCCACAACUGAGGUCGAAACAAACUCAGAUGCUGGGAAAUUUAUAAUGAAAUCUUAUUUUGAAAAUUAUGAGAGCCUGCAUGAUUCAAGUUUUGAAGAUUUUAUGGCACAUCAACUUUCUUCUAGUUUGUGUCAAGGGAUUCCCGAUAACUGGAAUGUUGGUGUGAGACUAUCAGUUAGAGAGCUCUCUCUGAUCGGUGAAGGUUCUCAUCGUCAUUUAUCUUCGUCUAUCAGAUUGCAGAUUGGAGCAGCUUCCAUUCCUAAAUUGCCUGCUCAUCUAUGUGAAGUUAUAGUCAUACAAAGACUACCCCUUGGAGUAUUUGCUGACCCGUUUGAGCUACAAAAUCCUCACAAGCACAAGGCAUUUAGAGAUAUAGCUGUUUUUGGAGACACCAACUUGGAAUUGCCUUCAUUUCAGUCCAAUCGAUCUGCUGUUGAAUUCCACAUUGAUGCUGGAUCCAACAUCUUGUUUAUGCAGAAUAAUGGAACGGAAUUUAACUUAUUGCUUCCAUUACAUGCUCGAUAUCAGCCCCUUGAUGAAAGUGGCUAUUCUGUUGUUGAAAUUGGUGAACCUGAUAUGUUGAUGAGAUGCAGUGUGGAAGGAAAGCAACAUAAGCAGAGUUGUUUGUUUAUGUCACCACCCAAUGAGAAGGCUAAAUCCACAAGCGCAACUGUAGCAUGGAAAAUACCUGCUGGAAUGAAGGCACAUGCUGGAUUUGUAUCUGUUAUAACCUUUGUUACAGCCUUGUUAUCAACUCUCUCAAUUGUAUACGCAUCUAUGUUUUGGUCAGGUACCAAUGUAUCCAAAACUUGAAGCAACCAGUUUCUCCGUCAUAAACUUUGUUAUUGGGAGACAGAUUUUGCACAUUUGUUCUUAAAGAUUUUGACCUCUUUUCAUCUGAGUUCAAUAA